CGGCCGCGGCCAGAUGUGGGACUGCUGGUGACUCCUUAACCGCACGCUGCAGUGAAAUCUGAGCCCGCUCCCCGCAGCCUCCCCGCCAGGGCCUGGCUCUCGGCUCGCUGCAGUAUUUUGGGAUGUUUUACACAGGGCAGGACAAAGACACGUUACCAGGCGGGAGCCCAGUCUGAACAGAUGUUUCUGCACCGGGGAAACAAGGAGAAGCUCCGUUACUGCUGCAGGAAAAGGACGACUCCGAGACGAUAUGGCUGAAGAUGUCCGUGGACUCUGAUUGUGUUUUGCUGUCAUCACGAGACUCCAGGACGUCCUGCCUCUUCCCAAACGAAGACGAGAAAGAUGAGGUCCCAGGAGAGGAGAGCGUUCUGGAGAUGCUGAGCUACUCUAAGUUCUCAGACCUGGAGACAUGGCUGUGCAUGCCGUCCUCUUUGCUGCUGUCCCGGGCCCUGGACUCCACCCGCGCCUCCUCCUCCUCCUCCUCCUCUUCCUCACAUGCAUCCAACCACUCCUCCUCCUCCUCCUCUUCCUCGUCGCCCCCGGCUUCAGACUCCAGGCGCUCCACCUGCAGCGACCCGGGACACGCCAACACAUGGCUCCGGCCCCCAGAGAAAGGCCCCUCCUUGCCCCCCCCCUCAGCGUUGGGGAGGGAGACCCCGUUCCUGAGUGCAUCUCUUCUGCCCGUCCUCUCCUCCACGCCGAUGGCGCCCGACGCCGCUGGAGGCUCCGCCCCUAGCGGCGGCGUCAGCAUCAGGAAACGGCGCCGGCUCGCUGCCAGUCCUGGAGGACUCCGCUGGAACUCUGCAGGUUCUGUGCAGCGAGACUUCUGGUCACCUGAUCUGUCUCCGGUGUCACCGAGGGCGACAGCAGGAGAAGGUGGGGGGGGCGUGGCGAGGGGGGCGGCGGCGUGGGCCGGCCAGCAUGGCGCCCUGAGGAAGACCGUCUCCGUUGACGACCACAGACUGCUGAGUCGCCUGGAGAGAGGCCGCAGGAAGCUGCACAACAUCCAGUUACAGUUCCUUUGA